GUUCAGACAACUCCUUUUCACAGGAGAUUUCUUGCCAUUCACCCAGUAGCUUUUCUGUUUGUUGUCAUCAAUACCCAUUCCCGACAUGUUGUUUUCUUUGCUAGCUCUGGGGCUUGCCGCCUCCUAUGCCAGAGCAUCGCACACCCUCAGAUUUGCUUGUUCCCAGCUCGUUACUGAGAGACUUGACCCUUUGGUCAAUCCAGGGUCGAAUCCAUCCCCUCAUAUGCAUCAGAUCGUGGGCGGGAACGCUUUCAAUGUUACGAUGGACCCCUCUCAGGACAUUGCCGAGAAAGCUUCUUGCACUACUUGCACUUUUUCUCAAGAUUUCUCAAACUACUGGACCGCUGUUUUGUACUUCCGGGCUCGUAAUGGGACAUUCAAACGAGUGCCUCAAUUAAGCAAUCAAAAUAUUGAAGGGGCAAAUGGUGGAAUGACCAUCUACUACCUCUCUCCGGAUAACAAGACAACACCUGUGACCGCAUUCAAACCAGGCUUUCGUAUGCUCGCCGGAACUGCUGAACAACGCACCAACAACUCUGUGAACUUAUUCCGUUGUUAUGAUGGCUAUGACGCAAAGAUGAAUUAUCGUCCAAACCCGAUGGGAGUUGCAACUACUGACACCACCGAUCUGCCUCAGAAGUAUUGUGCAGGAGGGAUUCGAAUCAAUACCUUCUUUCCCAACUGUUGGGAUGGAGUGAAUCUAGACAGCGCUAAUCACCAGAGUCACGUUGCUUACCAAACCGGAGCUGAUUGUCCAGCAACCCAUCCUGUCCAAGUUCCUCAAAUCUUUAUUGAGACAAUCUGGAACACUGGAAUCUUUGACAAGUCGCUGUGGCCAGAAGAUGGAAGUCAGCCCUUCGUCCUCAGCCAAGGAGACCCGACUGGAUUUGGUCAUCAUGCAGAUUAUGUCUUCGGGUGGAAGGGUGAUGCUCUGCAGAAAGCCAUGGAUGCAAGAUGUGAUGUGUACGAUGCGAGCCCAGAUCCUCUCGUAUUCCCUGCUUCAGGAUGUCCACAACUUACAACACAAGACUACGCCGUUGCAAACAAGUGCAGUCAAAAGCAGAUCGCUGAAGAAGAUCUUGACGAUUGGGGCAUGCCAAUUACAUGGACUUAA